GUUUUCUCAAAGCUGAAGUCGACUGUGCUUUGUAAAGCUGGCUCACCGACCCUCGGGACCUGCAGUGCCUCUGGAUUCCAGCCUGCGGGUCUCCACGCCAGACAGUCUGAGCAUGCGAGUCACACUUGCUGUGACAGCCUGGAUGCUCUCUGUGGUCUCCAGUUCUUCCUUUCCAGCAAAUACUUUGCCAGAUAUCGAAAAUGAAGAUUUCAUCAAAGACUGUGUUCGAAUGCACAACAAGUUCCGAUCAGAAGUGACUCCAAAAGCCAGUGAUAUGCUCUACAUGACUUGGGACCCAGUACUAGCCCAAAUUGCAAAAGCAUGGGCAAGGAACUGUCAGUUUGCACACAACAUACAGCUGAAGCUACCCCACAAGCUGCACCCAAAUUUCACUUCAUUGGGAGAAAACCUCUGGACUGGGUCUCUGCACCUCUUUUCUGUGUCUUCAGCCGUCACAGACUGGUACAACGAAAUUCAAUACUAUGACUUCAAGACUCAGAAAUGUGACAAGGUCUGUGGCCAUUAUACUCAGUACGCGGGCCUCUCACUGUUGUGGCCUCUCCAGCUGCGGAGCACAGGCUCCGGACGCGCAGGCUCAGCGGCCAUGGCUCACGGGCCCAGCCGCUCCGCGGCAUAUGGGAUCCUCCCAGACCGGGGCACGAACCCACGUCCCCUGCAUCGAUUGUUUGGGCAGAUAGUUAUAAAGUUGGCUGUGCAGUACAGUUUUGUUCUCGAGUUUCUGGCUUUGAAAGUCUUCGCAAUGGAGCACAUUUUAUAUGCAACUAUGGACCAGCAGGCAAUUACCCAACCUGGCCAUAUAAAAAAGGAUCCACAUGCAGUGCCUGCCCCAGUAACGACAACUGUCUGGACAAUCUCUGCGCUAACCCACAACGAGACAAAGUGACACGUUACUACUCUGUUGUGUUUCCAGACUGGCCAAUAUUUCCACGUAACAGAAACAUGUCUCUUUUCCUCAUUGUUACUCCACCAAUCCUAAU